AUGGGAAACAGACUUUCCAGCAGGGUGACGCCAUCGCGACCAUUUACUCAUUGUGGCAUUGACUACGCUGGGCCUGUUGACUUUCUUAGAUUCAGAGAAAGAAAAAGUUCAUCCUGGUUGGCCUGUAUUAGCAUAUUUGUCUGCUUUGCAACUCGCGCGAUACAUCUUGAACUUGUGGUUGAUUAUACAUCGGAUGCAAUUAUUGGAGCAUUGAAAUGCCUGAUCGGUUCAGGCGGACUUCCUAAAACUAUUUAUAGUGAUAACGGCACUACUUUCCAGGGAGCUGAUUGCAAAUUGCGUGAACACUUUAAAAUGGUAAAUAGAGAUCCAAAUGUAUGUAAUUAUUUUGCAGCAGGCGGUCUUUUCUGGAAGAUGAUACCCCCACAGCCACCUCACUUCGUAGGUCUUUGGGAAGCUAGGGUGAAAAGUACAAAGAAUCAUCUCAGAUUCUCAGUUGGUGAUAAAAAAUUAACUUUCAAAGAGCUUACCAUGCUUUUAUGCCAAAUAGAAGCCUGUUUGAACUCACGGUCAAUAAAUGCUGAAUCUGAUUCCGACCCUGACAAUUUCGUGCCUUUGACCCCAGGAUAUAUUUUAACAGGGAGUCCCAUUUUAUCCCUACCAGAACCUUCAUAUCUUGAUGUAGAAGACGGUCGUUUAGACUCUUAG